AUGACCGAGAUAAAAGCAACGGUCGAGGACAUAAAGAAGAUUCUAUCAGAAAACGCAAUUCCCAACUUAUCCUUUGAAGACCACGAUGGAAAUUUCUACAUUAAGUUGAAGGGGCCACUGCCAAAAUACAUUGGAAGGAAGCCGUUGGCGAAGAAGAAGAAGUUUGGAGAGACCCCGGAAACAUUCCACGUUGCAGGGCCGAUGGUAGUUAUUACAAACAUACCCCCGGAAACAACGGACUGGGGUGUAAUAAAGCAGGCCAUAAAUGACACCAACAAGGUUAAGGUGAGAUUUAUAUCUCCAAUAUCUGAGGGAUCAUGUUUCGCCUGGUUGUCAAAAACAUCAAACUUCUCAGACAUUGAAAAUGAAAAGAUACUCAUUAACGAUGCCGAAAUCAAACUGAAGUUGAUAGACAAUGAGUCCCAGUACAAGAAGUUUAUAUCGGUAAACGACUUUGUCGUAAGGAACUUCGGGUCGAUUAAAACGAUGCUCACCUCCAUGCUGAACGAUUUGGAAGUAGGCACCAAAAUAACACUGGAUUCACAAGCAGGAAAAUUGAUAUCAUUCCUGCUGGAAUACCACCCAAAUUCAAAGCAAAAGAAGGGUGGAGAUUCCAGAAAGGUACACGGGUUCGAGGUGGGACAGUCGGGAAUCAAGGAGAGGAAGAACAAAAAGUGUUUCUGCGUCGUUACGAAGAGUUUGGAAGGAGACGACCUUAAAGUAGAGGUACACAUGUCCAACCUUAACAAUGUUGUAGGACGUGUCAAUCACAAAGUGUUUAGAGGAAAUGAAGCACUUUAUCCAUAA